UUCAAGCUCCUUUUCCUCCAAACGCUCCCUCCUCUUUUAACUCCCUAAACUAUGGCGGAAACAGAGCAAAAGCAAACCCCAGAAACCCUAGCCGACGGUGAGGUGAAGGAAUCGUCCACUCAACACAUGGAAAUAGUUGAAGCCCAAGAUGAUGACGCGGCGGUCGGCGGCGCCGGCGGCUUAAAGCGCGUCAGAGAUGAAGCUGACGAGGAGGGAGAGAACAGCGAAGAUGUCAAGAAGUUGAAGGCUGAUGAUAAGUCCGUAGAAGAGGAACGGCUUGAGAAAACGGCUGACGCGGAGCCUAAGUCGUGUUCGGAGCCGGAGCCGGAGCCUAAGUCGAGUUCAAAGCCGGAACUUAAAUCGGGUCCCGUCGAAUUGGGUCCGAAGAGCUUUGAAUCGUCUGUGGAGAUGUUUGAUUACUUUUACAAGUUUCUGCAUUUCUGGACACCUAAUGUGAAUGUCAAUAAGUAUGAGCAUGUGAUGUUGCUAGAGUUGAUCAAGAAGGGUCAUUUGGAGCCAGAUAAAAAGAUUGGUAAUGGGAUCCGUGCCUUCCAAGUCCGAUACCAUCCAAAGUUCAAAAGUCGAUGUUUCUUCCUAACAAGGGAGGAUGAUUCUGUGGAUGACUUUAGCUUCAGGAAGUGUGUUGAUCACAUACUUCCUUUGCCAGAGAACAUGCAGGUUAAGCAUGAUGUCAACAAGGUAUUGGGUGGAGGCCGUGGUGGUAAAGCUGGUGGCUGUGGAAGAGGAGGACGUGGCCAUUACCGUGGAAGGGGUGGCAAGUCAAGAAACUAAGGCCAUCUCAUGCGUGCAUAAAUACUUUGGUGGUGGUUGAAGGAUCAAUACACACUGUAUUUCUUCUUCCCAUCUAGCUAAACUGCUGUCUUCGCAAAUUUUGGCCCAUAUAUCUUAUUUUGGCUUUUGAAAUUAGCAUUAUUGUAGUACCUGAAAAAUCCAGUUUUAGUAAUUAGAUCAAAAUUAGCUUGCAGAUGGUUA